AUUCCGCCUUUUGGAUUCGGUAGCGAGAAGUCAGCGGAUGUUCUGCGAAUCCAGGCCGGGUUUUCCGGCACUAAGACGGAACUAACCUCGAGCCGGAAGUCCCAGGACCUUUGCAGAGAAAGCAAGGGGGGUUGGGGGGGGGAGAAGACUCAGGAUAGGAAUGGCGGCUCAAAUUCCAAUUUUGGCCACCACGGCCGCUCCGGGGAUAUCCCGGAACAGCAAGAAGAGGCCAGCCAGUCCUUCCCACAACGGCAGCAGCGGCGGCGGGGGAUAUGGCCCGGGUAAGAAGAAAAGAGUGUCCGCCUCAAGCUUUGCACAGGGUAUCAGCAUGGAAGCCAUGAGUGAGAAUAAAAUGGUACCCUCUGACUUUAGCACAGGACCUAUGGAAAAAACUUCCAAACCUUUGCCAUUUAAGGAUCCCAACUUUGUGCACUCUGGCCAUGGUGGCGCAGUAGCUGGCAAGAAGAAUAGAACCUGGAAGAACCUGAAACAAAUCCUCGCUUCUGAAAGGGCAUUGCCGUGGCAACUGAAUGAUCCUAACUACUUCAGUAUUGAUGCUCCUCCAUCCUUCAAACCAGCUAAGAAGUAUUCUGAUGUUUCAGGUCUUCUUGCCAACUACACUGACCCGCAGAGCAAGCUGCGGUUUCGGAGGCUGCCCUCGGACGUUGUCACUGGCUACCUGGCCCUGCGGAAGGCCACAAGCAUCGUGCCCUGAGCCUUGAGAAGCGGCGAUGAAGUGGAAAACUUUCCAAGCCAGACUUGGACGCACAGUUUUGUUUCAUGGAAACGCUCAUUCUGCUGUCAGUCUGGAAAUGUCAGCGCUGGGCCUUGGAAAGAAUGUUUGGCUUUAAGGUGUGUGUUUUUUCUGUGUUUUCCCUCCAAGUGUGAUAUUUCCUGUUGAGUUAAAUUAUACUUCACUUGUUGCCUCAAGUAAAGUCAUUUGACAAGAAAA